AAACCGAACCAGUCCAGCGUGUCGGUUGUGUGUGUAGACUUUGAGGACAAACUUGGACGCAGCCAAGAGUGUGCAGUCCGGUCCCAUGCCAGGUCACAUGAGGCCACCUGAGGCUUCCACCAGAGGGCGCCGGCGGCUUGCAGGCGUCACGCAGAUUCAAAUAGCAGCUGAGCUAACAGAGGCCGGCUCCACGCAGGACACACCUCCCAGCAGGCGGCCCCAGACUCGUCCCGAUUGGGCCGGCGGGAGGUCUGCCGCCUCCUGAUUGGCCGCUGAGGACACCAGCUGACAAGGGUAUGCAAAUGGUGUGAGUGUCAGUAGAAAGGCUUGGGAGCAGAAGCUGCGGCGGGCACUGACGGAGCACAGCGGACGUGGAAGUAGACCAGCAGCGGCGUGGGAAAGUUCUACGGUGAACUGCUGGACCUGCUGCGUGUUUCCAUGAGCGCUGCCAGCCUCCUCAGGUCGUUGAGUCCGUCAGCGAUGCCAGGUCCAGUAAUGCCCAUGGACAUGGCCAUGAGGUUCUACAUCAGCCACUCUCCUCCUCCGCUCAGAGGCUUCCUCAGCUCCUAUGAGGCCCCGAGGCAUCGCAACAAGGGCCGGGCUCAGCAGGACCAGGCGGCGCUGCGGCCCUGUCUGAGCAGCCAGCAGAGGACGGCCGGCUGCGACGGCUGGGGCGGCAAAGGCUUGAAGAAGAAGGUGGUGUUCGCCGACACCAAGGGCAUGUCGCUCACCGCCAUCCACGUCUUCUCCAAGAACGACGACGAGCGCGGCGCGGGAGCCGUCGAGGAGCUGCAGUUCGACUUGAGCGACCUUGAGAGCGCCGCCAUGGAGUUGAAGAUCAGCCCGGUGCGAACCCUAGCUUUGGACUUCAAGCAGCCUUCAUCUGACUACCUGGACUUCCGUAACCGCCUGAUCCGGAACGCCGUCUGCCUGGAGAACUGCUCGCUGCAGGAGCGCUCGCUCUCCGGCACCGUCAAGGUCCGCAAUGUGGGCUUUGAGAAGUCCGUGCAGGUGCGCACCACCUUCGACUCGUGGACCACCUUCAGCGACGUGGACUGCACCUUCAUGAACAACGUGUACGGCUGCCACGACACCGACACCUUCGCCUUUGUGCUGGACCUGCCCGCAAACAUACCCCCGCAGCACCUGGUGGAGUUCUGCAUCUGCUUCAGGGUCCAGGACCAGGUAUUUUGGGACAAUAACGACGGCAAGAACUACGUGAUCAAGCACCUGGAUUGGGCCGGCGGCACCUCCUCGGACUCCGUCGAGCACAAGAAGGCGGCGGAGUCCAGAGGCGGUGGGGUGAAGGAGAUGGACUUGGAACAGUUCGGCAGCCCGCGUAUGUGCAGCGGCUUCUUCCCGGGCUGGCAGAACUGGACCCAGGCCAACACUGCCGUACCGUACUGGUGAGGCCCUCAAACCGGGUGUUGUCGGAAGUCAUCGUGCGGCGACGGAAUUCUUCGUCCUUCAUAUUGAAGGGGAGCCGAGCGCUGGUCCGAACACACGCACCGGUAUUUUGGACUUCAAUCGCACCUUAAACCACCUUGAUGAUGUCAUCAGAUGGCGACAGCCCCUGAUUGCUUCGACGCAGGGGCGCCGCUAGGGAUUUUGGGCCCCAUGAAAAGAAUCUUUACAGGGCCCCCUGUAUUAUAAUUUCAUCAUCAUUAGGGGCCUCUCUGGGCCCCCCUCCAUCAUGGGCCCCUAGAAUCCGCCCCCUUUUCGGCGCCCCUGCUUCGACGGUCCCGAUGCAUCAGCAGCAGCCCGAAUGUCUUUCUCAGUUUGCACCUUCUCUGUGUGUGUGCGUGUGUGUGUGUGUGUGUGUGUGUGUGUGUGUGUGUGUGUGUGUGUGUGUGUGUGUGUGUGUGUGUGUGUGUGUGUGUGUGUGCGUGCGUGCGUGCGUGCGCGUGUGUGUGUGUGUGGAUCAAAUGUUUCCGUUUCCCUUUCUGGCAAAAAAAGUGAUC